AUGAGCCGGCUGGUUGAUUUUAUUGAAGACAAAGAUUCAAAAAACGAUGCCAGCAUUCAGAUUCUCGAUGGUCCUUCAAAUGUUGAGAUUAUCGCCCUGUCGGAAUCAAUAGAUCAAGAUGAGUGUGAAAAACUGUAUGAAAGCUCUGCGGACAUGAUUCCAUCAUCACCGCAAGGAAGAUCCCGUGUUUCGAACAAUGUUGAAAUUAUUGACCUAAACAAAUCUAUUGAACUUUCGGCACCGUUCUUCCAAGAUAUCAGUACAGGAAAACUAGAUGAUUAUUCCACAACAGUAAAUUCCAGCACAGCUUCGACUCUGAGAAAUGGAAAUGAUGCAAUAGGGAACGCAAAGAAGCUUUUAGAUGAUCUUAUAAGUGACGAAUGGUCAGCUGAUAUUGAGUCAAGUGGAAAGAAGCAAAACGAACACCAAUAUAAUUUGAAGAACAUUGCAGAGAAAUGGGGAGUACAGUCUUUUAAAAAUCCAGAGCCUAUUGCCACCGACCGCGAAUAUAAAGCAAAAAAAAUCGAAGAAACUAAUAAUGACAUUAAUGGUAGUCCGAAAUCACAGGUAGGGGCAGCAGAUAUACUGUUCGAUUUUCCGCUGUCUCCAGUAAAAUAUGAGGAUCCAACUGAAAAAAAGCACACUUCGGUCGCUAACCACAAUUCUUCACUAGAUGAUAGCCUGGCACCCGUAGCAAAACGAAGUUAUGAUGAAGUUCUGAAAGUCGUGACAAAAGGAACACACGAGGAAGCUGAGGACGAGCAAGGGCAUCUUCCGAAUAAAAAGAAGAGAACCAUAGCGUUAUCAAGAACGCUAAUUAACAGCAUUAAACCACCUGAUACGGUAGAACUAAAUCUUUCUAGAUUUCUUGACUCCUCAGAUAGUAUUACUACUGAUGUUCUUUCAACCCCUUCCAAGGAUGCUAACAUAGUAAGGACAGGUAGUCAGCCAAUUUUUGGACACCCUAAUCGUUGUCAGGAAGCAAGACGCUCGAAGACGUUCACAGCUGAGGAUAGCCAAUGUACUAAAAAUACUGCCAGAGAGGUAUCACAACUAGAAAGUUAUAUUGCUUAUGGGCAGUAUUAUACAAGAGAAGAGUCAAGAAACAAAAUACGACAUUUAUUAAAAGAGAACAAAAAUGCUUUCAAGCGAGUUAACCAAAUAUAUCGAGAUAAUAUAAAAGCGCGCUCCCAAAUAAUUGUAGAGUUUUCACCGAGUCUUCUCCAGUUAUUUCAAAAGGGAAUGAGUGAUUUACAACAACAGUUGGCACCAGCAGUUGUGCAAUCAAGCUAUAACGACUCUAUGCCGCUUUUAAGAUUUCUUCGAAAAUGUGACAGUAUUUACGAUUUCAAUAACGAUUUCUAUUACCCCUGUGAUCCAAAAAUUGUUGAAGAAAACAUUUCGAUUCUAUAUUAUGAUGCACAAGAGUUUUUCGAGGAAUAUACUUCACAAAAGAAGAAAUUAUAUAGGAAGAUACGAUUUUUUUCGAAGAACGGAAAACAUGUGAUUCUUAUACUAAGCGAUUUGAAUAAACUCAAAAGAGCUAUUUUCCAGUUAGAAAAUGAGAAGUACAAAGCUAGGGUAGAACAACGAUUGUCAGGAACGGAAGAAGCCUUAAGACCCAGAAGUAAAAAAUCCAGCCAGGUUGGAAAAUUAGGGAUAAAAAAAUUUGAUUUAGAGCAACGACUACGCUUUAUUGAUAGAGAAUGGCAUGUCAAAGUACACACUGUAAAUUCGCAUAUGGAGUUUAUUAAUUCUCUCCCAAAUUUAGUGUCAUUAAUUGGAAAGCAGCGCAUGGAUCCUGCAAUCAGAUAUAUGAAAUAUGCUCAUUUGAAUGUAAAAUCAGCUCAGGAUAGUACAGAAACGUUGAAGAAAACCUUUCAUCAGAUAGGGAGAAUGCCUGAAAUGAAAGCGAAUAAUGUCGUGAGUAUAUACCCCAGUUUUCAAUCACUGUUUGAAGAUAUUCAAAAGGGAAGACUACAGUCUGACAAUGAAGGUAAGUACUUGAUGACUGAAACAGUAGAAAAAAGACUGUACAAACUAUUUACUAGUACUGAUCCUAAUGAUGCUAUUGAAUGA